UCGAGGUGACGUGUGUGCUCCAUCUGGCAUGUAUGCGCAGGUUGUGUUAAUGUUAACGAUCUAACUUAACAAUUUUAGUAUCACUGUUAUCAUUGAUCGCUUCAUCUGUACUCUACCGUACGAAAUAUGUUAAAAUACGCAUGUUUUUUUAUCCUGUUUUUAUAUACUUUCAAGUUCGGGACCGGUUUGUAUUUUCACAUUGGUGAGACAGAGCGAAAAUGUUUCAUCGAGGAAAUACCCGAUGAUACUACAGUCUUAGUAAAUUACAAAGUAGAACUCUAUGAUCCCAGAAGUGGAGGCUUUAUGCCAAGCAGUCCUGGCAUUGGAAUGCAUGUUGAAGUAAAAGAUUCAGAUGACAAACCUAUACUUUCCAGAGUUUAUAGUUCUGAAGGACGAAUCUCUUUUACCUCGCAUACACCAGGAGAACAUGUUAUCUGCUUAUACUCUAAUAGUAGUUCAUGGUUCAGUGGUAGUCAAUUGAGGGUGCAUCUUGAUAUUCAAGUAGGAGAACAUGCAAUUGAUUAUGCUAAUGUGGCACAGAAAGAAAAAUUAUCAGAACUUCAACUUAGAAUACGCCAACUCCUAGACCAAGUUGGGCAAAUAACUAAGGAACAAAAUUAUCAAAGGUAUCGAGAAGAACGCUUUAGGCAAACUUCAGAAAGCACUCAUCGCCGUGUGUUCUGGUGGUCCCUUACGCAGACUGCAGUUGUCAUAAUUAUGGGUGCGUGGCAAAUGAAGCAUCUCAAAAGCUUUUUCGAAGCAAAGAAAUUAGUUUAAUCAAUAUGAUAAAAUAUGUUUAAACAACAACAAUAUCAUCUAAACUACAAAAUUUUAUUUGUGUAGCUUUAAACAAAAUUUAUAUUACAAGUAAUUGUUCAAUAUAUUAUAUAAUGAGCUAUUUUAAACACAUUUAUAUAAAACUCAGUUACCUUAAGCAAUUGAUAAAUUGCUUGUGAUUGUAUAAUGAAUAUAAUGUGAGAUGUAAUAUGAUUGUAAAAAUGAAAUAAUAACUCUUCUCACUUAUAAAAUAUA